AUGAAUAUCAACCUGGACGGUUUGCGAGAGAUGAUUAGAACAUCACUCGACGAAGCAAGGGACGAUCUGUGGCAGCUUCGUCAAGACCCAGCCUCUUGGCAUGGCGGCUUAAAGAGAAUGGCUCAAGGCAGCGGCUCAAAGGAGCUUCUGACAACCCUCUUCAGCCGCGUCGACACCUUCGCCAACUUGGACCAGCUAAUAGGAGCUUCUAUCCAACAGGUUGAGAGUCCUCUAUUGACCGAGGCGGACGAAGACACCAUGAAGAUUGCAGCAUCCCUUGACUGCGCUCUUUCUGCCGCGUUCGAGGAGAGGUUGGCCCAUUUUCGAUGGAUCAUGCCACCGCCAGCGGGCUCACUCACCAAAGUUGGCCACCAGCUGUUGGAACUGAUCAGGGAGAACGAUCCGAUUCUUCGUCGUAUGGGGUUCUCGGCGGUGAUGAGAACCAUCGAUCGAGAAGUCGUAGGAGGCAGGUCCUUCCCUGUGGCCGUCUCACAGAUCCUCAGCGACCUGCACGUCUUGGCUGUCUGCCUCGAAGAGACUGAGAGCCAUCAUCCAUCGAUCUCUGACUGGGUGGAAUACUUUCAGAUGUCCAACUCCUUUUACGUGGAGCAGACUGGCAGACUGCGGCCCUGGAAGGAGAUCCUCGAGGAGGCGGUUAAAGCGAUGGAGGAUGCCGGCGAGUACAAUUUUGCGGGAGGACACCAGGGCUUUUGGCGAAGACUGGACCAGCAGAUGGGAAAGGUAUCGCGGAACAACGACGCUCUUGAAGGUGUAUUCCGCGAGAUAAAACGAGAAAUGCCCCUUAGGCCUGAACAGCAGUCUGCACCGGAAGCUGCGACGGAGCCCAUGGUCUCAGUCUUCAGCACGGCACCUAAGACGGCAGCCACGGCGACCCAACUCAAACGAACGCGUCAGCGACGGGGAAAAGACCAGACCCAAAACCCCGAUCGACCGGCCGAGCAGUCGAUCCAACGGCCAUCAUGCAGCUCGUCUCCGAGUCGCUUGCCGUGUGUCGAGCUUCCAAAAUCGGACUUUUGGCUGUCGCUGCGGAACGGCACCCGGCAGACCUUCGCCUGGGACGACUUUCGCAAAGCCAUGUGCAGCAUCAGAUGCAGCAUGAAGCCGAUAGGGGGUUCGGCGUUUCGCUUCGUCCGCCGUGACUCCGAGGGCGGACGAAUCUUUUCCAUCGUAUAUCACAAGCCACACGGCGAGUCCGGCGAGACAACUCUCAACCUGGGCCAAGCCCGACGAUCUUGGCUCAUGAGGCUUGAAAGUUGCGUCAAUCUUGACUGGGCCUGA